AUGGCGCCAAACACGUCCAGCGACAAUGCCAACGCCCACGACGCCAACGACGACAACCACAACAACAACAACGUCAACGACCCCAGCACAUCCAAGACACCAAAUCCGAAGCCAAAGAAGCGGGUUGUCUGGUACUCCAGCAGUCAGGAUGAACCAAGCACAGGCACAGAAGAGGACACAACAGCCUCCUCAACAGUCUCAAAAGGCAUCGCUAGCGCCUUGUCUACUGCAGACUCUGGUGUCCCACAGGAUUCGAACCAGCUUCCAGAGAUAGCUAUUCACAGUUCAAGUACAGGAAAAAAUGUCAAAGAAACCACGUCAGCAAGGGGGGUCGGGUUGCCACCUCCUGCCAUCAACCUGCAAGACCUCUCAACCUCGGCUCCGAGCUCACCUGGACCAUUUCUUACCCCGCCUGGUGCCCCUGACGCGGGAGAAUUGAGGAUGGCUCUCAACUUGAUCCUGAACGAGGAGGAGGGAAGACGACAAGAGCAACUUCCACCCUGUCAACCCACUCCUCGAACUCCGAGACCAGCCUUGAGACGCAAUACAAGCUACAAUGUUCCCGAGGAACGCGAGAAGGCGGACCAGGCAGAACAUCAAGCCACCGAGCGCCAGCUUCGCUCCAUGAAUGACGCACGUCAGCGAGCGGAUCAGCUAGCCAUGUCUGUAGGGAGCUAUUCUGCUCCAGGAUCAAGGCGAAACUCGAGGGAGGUGUCUUUGCUCCAACCUCUGAUGAAAGACCUGUGCAAUCCUGGCCAUGCCUCGAAGGAUGAUGCUGCCGACGCGUGGGGACCACAUGAUCAAGUACGAGGCCGCACCCCCUACAGUCGCAGACAACCCCUUCUUCGAGAAAAUUCCGUUGCGGAAGAGACCGUGGCCAAGGCCCCCGCACAAAUGGGUAAUUCACACCAAGAUGAGCCCGGCUCGUCUGGCACCACCACACCCGUACCCCCGCAUGGUUACGGCGAUGGAUACGUCCCCCCUCCACCAACGUAUCGAGGCGGUAUCCUGUCUUCGUUGCUCAAGCUCCAUCAGCAUGGGAGAACGGCCUCGAGCGGCAGCAAUAUCAGCGGACCGCCCACCCCUCUCUCAUACUCGACUCCUGUCAUGUCGCCACGCUCCUCUCCGCCGUCCUCAAGAUCUCCUUCUGCAGCUGGAGGAAACCGAUCACGGUUUGCCGGCGGUUUAUUCUCCAAUCUCCGGGGACGCCAUUCCACCACUGAGCUUAUCAAGUCCUCUUCGAUGCUGGCUGCCCCGGUUUCCGGCGACAUGUCCGACGUCUGGAUCGAGCCGUUGAAGAGAGAGAAGAUGGAGAAGACGCCGAAAUCGAAGAAGGAGCAAAUUCGCAUCACUAUCCACAUCGCCGGAAUCAUUGCCCGGCACCGGUAUCUCCUCAAACUGUGCCGCGCCCUCAUGCUCUACGGUGCUCCGACGCAUCGCCUGGAAGAGUACAUGACCAUGUCCUCACGGGUCCUCGAGAUUGAAGGACAGUUUCUCUACAUACCGUCCUGCAUGAUCAUCAGCUUCGAUGAUAGCGCAACACACACGGCAGAAGUGAAGCUCGUCCGUGUGCGGCAAGGAAUCAACCUCGGAAAGCUGCGCGACGUUCACAACAUCUACAAGGAUGUGGUUCAUGACAAGCUAGGUGUGGAAGAGGCGACGAAGAGACUCGACGAGGUCAUGAAUCGCAAGCCCAAGUUUCACGUCUGGUUCCAAGUCGCCAUGUACGGCAUCGCAUCGGUUUGCGUGGCGCCCUUUGCCUUUGAGGGCCGCUUCAUAGACUUGCCGAUGGCCUUUAUGCUAGGCUGCAUCGUCGGCCUGCUGCAGCUCGUCUUGGCUCCCAGCAACGAGUUGUAUGCUCACGUCUUCGAGGUCUCGGCGGCCGUCAUAACCUCCUUCCUCUCCAGGGGGCUCGGUUCCAUCAAGAACGGGCAGCUGUUUUGUUUCAGCACCCUCGCCCAGAGUAGUAUUGCCCUCAUCCUGCCGGGUUACAUGGUGCUUUGCAGUUCUCUGGAGCUCCAAAGCAACAACAUUGUCGCUGGAAGCGUGAGGAUGGUGCACGCCAUGAUCUACACGCUCUUCCUGGGCUACGGAAUCACCAUUGGGACCUCGUUGUACGGCAUGCUGGAUAAAAACGCCACCAGCGACACGCACUGUCAGAACCCUCUUCAUCGUGGCUGGUACUUCCUCUUUGUUCCUGGCUUCACCCUCUGCCUCUGCAUCAUCAACCAAGCCAAGUGGAAGCAGACGCCAGUCAUGACUGCCAUGGCUUUGGCGGGCUUUUGCGUCAACAGCUACAGCAGCGAGCACUUUGAGGGAAACAGCCAGAUCUCCAACAUGCUGGGCGCCCUCACUGUAGGCAUCCUCGCCAACCUAUACUCGAGGCUGGGGAGACACGUGGAGAACGCCUGGCUAGACCUCGUGGACUGGUGGGAAUCCCGACUGCGCCCAAAGUUUGCCAAGCGCCGCGACCCUGGUCCCGACUCGUGGCCCACGGCUUGCCCGUCCGACCCCGAAGCUGGACCGGGCAUGCCGGAGAAGCCGUGUCGACAACCCCGCAAGAUUGGCUACAGCCUUGCGGCGGCUGCUAUGCUUCCGGCCAUCUUUGUUCAAGUCCCUUCCGGUCUGGCUGCCGGCGGCUCGUUAUUGGCUGGGGUUACGUCGGCAGACCAGAUCACCGGCAACAGCACCGCCUCGCCGGGGGCCGGCAGCGCAAAGUCCGUCAGCAACCUCGACGUCACGCCCUUUAACGUUCUUUUCAGCGUCAUCCAAGUGGCCAUUGGAAUUAGCGUCGGUCUCUUCUUGAGCGCGCUCAUAGUCUACCCCCUGGGCAAGAGAAGGAGCGGAUUGUUCAGCUUUUGA